AUUUGGCUUUCUUCUCUCUCUCUCUCUCUCUGUCUGUUUGUCUCUCUCUCGAUCUGUCGAUCCUCGGGAGAAGUUUGGCCCCAAAUUCCACCAGAUCCGAUAGUUCUUACUGUCUCCCGGGGGGCGGAACCCUAAUUCUUGCCCUUAUUGUUCGAGAUCGGCGGUCCUCUCGCCGGGGGUCCGAUGGAGGAGGCAUUGGAGAUGGCGCGGGCCAAGGACACCAAGGAGCGGAUGGCCGGGGUGGAGCGGCUCCACCAGGUCCUGGAGGCCACCACCAAGAGCCUCUCCACUGCGGAGGUCACCGCCCUCGUCGACGCAUGCAUGGAUCUGCUCAAGGACAGCAACUUCCGGGUCUCCCAGGGGGCGCUCCAGGCGCUGUCCGCCGCGGCCGUGCUCUCCGGGGAGCACCUCAAGCUCCACUUCAACGGCCUCGUGCCGGCCGUCGUCGAGAGGCUGGGGGACGGGAAGCAGCCUGUGCGGGACGCGGCGAGGCAGCUUCUGAUCACUCUCAUGGAGGUAUCCUCCCCGACCAUCAUCGUCGAAAGAGCUGGUAGUUAUGCUUGGACACAUAGAAGUUGGAGAGUGAGGGAAGAAUUUGCACGCACAGUAACGACAGCUAUUGGACUUUUUGCUUCAACCGAACUCCCUCUUCAGCGAGUUAUUCUUCCUCCUGUUUUGCAGUUGUUGACUGACUCUAAUCAGAGUGUUAGGGAAGCUGCUACUUUAUGUAUUGAGGAGAUGUAUGCACAAGGUGGACCUCAAUUUCGUGAGGAGUUGCACCGUCACCAUCUUCCUUCUUCCAUGCUUAAAGAAAUCAAUGCCAGGUUAGAAAAAAUAGAACCGAAAGUUCAGCCAUCUGAUGGAGUUGGAAUUUCUUAUGUAUCAGCUGAAACCAGACCAUCUUCUGCAAACCAUAAGAAGAGCAGUCCAAAGACCAAGAUGGCUCCUAGAGAAACCUCAUUUUCGAGUGGUGAUAUUGAUGCUACUGAAAAGCCUGUGGCCCCUAUCAAAGUGUACUCCGAGAAGGAACUGAUGAGAGAAAUGGAAAAGAUUGCAUCUACACUAGUGCCAGAGAAAGAUUGGUCGCUUCGCAUUGCUGCCAUGCAAAGAGUUGAAAGCUUGGUCUAUGGAGGUGCUACAGAUUAUCCAUCAUUUCUUGCACUCCUAAAGCAACUGGGUGCUCCUCUCAGUACUCAGCUAUUGGAUCGACGUUCUAGCAUUGUGAAACAGGCCUGUCAUCUGUUAAACUUACUAUCAAAGGAACUGAUGGGCGACUUUGAAGCUUGUGCUGAUAUGCUCAUUCCGGUGCUUUUGAAGCUUGUUGUGAUCACUGUUCUUGUGAUUGCGGAAUCUGCAGAUAAUUGUAUUAAAACGAUGUUGCGUAACUGCAAAGUUGCUCGUGUGCUCCCUCGGAUAGCUGAUGUUGCAAAGAAUGACAAGAGUGCAGUUCUUCGUGCUAGGUGUUGUGAAUAUGCACUUCUAAUACUGGAGUACUGGGCUGAUGCUCCUGAAAUACAGCGGUCAGCAGAUCUUUAUGAAGACCUGAUCAAGUGUUGUGUAGCAGAUGCAAUGAGUGAGGUGCGUUCAACUGCUCGUACUUGCUAUCGGAUGUUCACAAAAACUUGGCCAGAUCGUUCCCGGCGACUGUUUUUAUCAUUUGAUCCUGUCAUACAGAGGAUAAUAAAUGAAGAGGAUGGAGGUAUGCAUAAAAGAUAUGCUUCUCCUUCUCUCCGUGAAAGGGGAGUACAGUUUUCUCGUGCUCCCUCUCAAGCCAGUAGCGCAAACGUAGUUGGAUAUGGUACCUCUGCUAUUGUUGCAAUGGACAAGAGUGCAACUAUUUCCACAGGGACAUCUCUUUCCUCGGCUAGCCUCCUUUCACAAUCCAAGACACUUGGCAAAAGUUCAGAAAGAAGCCUUGAGAGUGUGCUUCAUGCAAGCAAACAGAAGGUGUCUGCUAUUGAAAGUUUAUUGAAAGGUGUGAGCAUAUCUGAGAAACAUAACUUCACAAGUGCACGCUCUACCAGCUUGGAUCUAGUUGCACUCUUAAUGCUGUAUGCUAUGCUUAGCAAGCCUGCAAGAGCGAAAAGUAUUUUACCUCAUUUUGCUCCUAGUGCAGGAGUUGAUGCUCCAUCCACUCGUGAUCCGCUGGUUCCUAGUGUUUCUUCUCCGGAUCUUUUCUCUGCACAGAGCUCAGUAUUGGCUGACUCAAUUGUUGCAAACAUUACGAAAGGCAGCAACAGGAAUGGUGGCUCUAAUAUGUCUGAGGUCCUGAGUUCUCAGGUCCAACAAUCCAGAGACCCUUUGAAAUUGUCUCACCUCAGUCAUGUAACAUCUGAUACCCUGUCAUCUUUGUCAUUGUCUUACAUGAGAAGAUCUUCUGAACGAUUGCAAGAAAUAAGUGGCAGUGAAGACAAUGUUGAUCUCAGGUUAAGUAGACGGCUUCCGAGUAUCCAUACUGAUAGACAAUAUCUGGAGACACCUUAUAAGGAUUCUGGCUAUAGGGAUUCACAGAAUAGUUACAUUCCUAACUUUCAGCGACCUCUUUUAAGGAAGCAGGUGACAGGAAGGACUCUUGCAAGUAGCAGAAGUAGUUUUGAUGAUAGUCAAAUCCCAGCAAGUGAAAUGUCUAGCUAUAUCGAUGGUCCAGCAUCACUAAGUGAUGCACUCACUGAGGGACUAAGCCCUAGUUCAGACUGGGUAGCUAGGGUUUCCGCAUUUAAUUAUCUCUGGAGUUUGUUGCAGCAGGGGCCAAAGGGUAUUUUGGAGAUUACGCAGAAUUUUGAGAAGGUUAUGAAAUUGUUUUUCCGAUACUUGGAUGAUCCUCACCAUAAAGUUGCACAGGCAGCUUUUUCCACUCUUGCAGAAAUUAUUCCAUCAUGCAGAAAGCCUUUUGAGAGUUACCUGGAAAGAACAUUGCCACAUGUCUUUUCUAGAUUAAUUGAUCCAAAGGAACUGGUAAGGCAACCAUGUUCAGCAACACUGGAGAUAGUUGGUAAGACAUACAAUAUUGAUUCUCUUCUUCCAGCACUUCUUAGAUCUUUGGAUGAGCAGAGAUCUCCUAAAGCAAAGUUGGCUGUUAUUCAAUUUGCAAAUAAUUCCUUUAAUAAACAUACAAUAAAUGCUGAUGGCUAUAGUAACAACGGAUUUCUUAAGCUAUGGCUUGCUAAGUUAGCACCUUUGGUAAAUGAUAAAAAUGUAAGGCUGAAGGAAGCAUCCAUAUCUGGCAUCAUAUCAGUUUACUCCCAUUUUGAUCCAACAGCAGUCUUAAAUUUUAUUCUCAGUCUUUCUGUUGAAGAGCAGAACUCAUUAAGACGGGCACUUAAGCAGUAUACGCCUCGUAUAGAGGUUGAUCUUAUGAACUUUUUGCAGAAUAAGAAAGAACGUCAAAGGUCAAAACCAUUUUAUGACCAAUCGGAUGUUGUUGGAACUUCUUCCGAGGAAGGUUAUGUUGGUGCAUCGAAGAAAAGUCACCAUUUUGGUCGUUAUUCAGCCGGUUCAGUUGACGAUGAAGGAGAGAAGAAGUGGAGUUUAACUCAUGAAUUGACACAACUUGAUGUUUCCAUUGGUAAAGCAGCUACUGAUGAGUCUCAUCACCCAUUCGAGAAUAUUGAUGACUGCGGUUCUGACCCUUUAUCACAAGGUACUGGGUCAGUUAAUAAUUGCUUACAGAAAACAGAGAUGACUAUUGAGCAUGAGAGUUCUGUGUUGACUCCACGUCUAGAUAUCAAUAGACUGGUUAGUUCUGAUGGACAUAAGGCUGCUGAUAUGAAUCAUGGUGGUGAAAUCAGUAUAAGUUCUGAGUUCAAUAAUGAGAAGCUUAGUUCUGCAAAAGCCAUUCUCCCAGGAGACAGUGGGCCAAGUAUUCCCCAACUUCUUCAUCAGAUUUGCAAUAUUAAUGAUGUGAACUCAAGUUCAGAGAAACAAGAUGCACUACAACAGCUGGUUGAAGUUUCAUUGAAAAAUGAUACCUCUGUCUGGACCAAGUAUUUCAAUCAGAUCUUAACAGCUGUGCUUGAGGUGUUGGAUGAUUCUGAUUCUUCAGUACGGGAGCUUGCUCUUUCUUUGGUUGUUAGGAUGCUUAACAAUCAGAAAAGUGAGAUGGAAGAUUCUAUUGAAAUUGUUACUGAAAAAUUGCUUCAUGUGACAAAAGACGUGGUUGUGAAGGUUUCAAGUGAAGCAAACCAAUGCUUGAAUAUAAUCUUAUCACAAUUUGAUCCAUUCCAAUUCCUUAGUGUCAUUGUACCUUUGUUGAUCAGUGAUGAUGAAAAGACACUUGUCAUUUGUAUCAACUGUUUAACCAAGCUUGUUGGUCGACUUCCACAUGAAGAUUUGAUGAAACAUUUGCCUUCCUUUUUGCCGGCGUUGUUUAAUGCAUUCAAAAACCAGAGUCCAGAUGUGAGGAAGACUGUUGUUUUCUGUUUGGUGGAAAUUUAUAUCAUGCUUGGGAAGUCAUUCUUACCACAUUUGGAGGGUCUGAGUAGCACGCAACUUAGGCUAGUGACUAUCUAUGCAAACCGAAUUUCACAGGCAAGGUCUGGUGCUCCGAUUGAUCAUUAAAUGUCUUCUGUGUAUUGUUUGUUUUUGGUGAGGCGAGGUUGUGUAUUUGUAUAGUGUAACCAUUGUCCCUUGGUAUCGGACAUUGUAUGCGCUGUUGUUUUUUUCUUUUCUUUUUUUUUUCUUUCCUGAUUGAUGGUUUCCGGGACGGGGCUUUGUUGGAGAUGGGUGAGUUUAUUUAUCAUGCUGUACAGAAGCAUGUAACCGGAGCUUCCGUCGAUCCUGUAUUGUUCAUUGCUCAGUGAUUACAGGGUAAUGGUGUUAUCUAACAUGACAAGUAUGUUUUGAGCA